AUGUUCAUGGCCGGAAUUCAAGGAAUGGGUAACUAUCAUGAUCAAAAUAUAAUGAAGCCAAUACACGUACUAUUAAUAGCUAAUCCACAGAUAAUAGAUGAAAAACGGAUACUUCGAACAUAUAAAGAUAUGUAUGUGCGUAAAAAUUGGAAAAAUGUACAAAAAGCAUUCCAGCCUGACGUUGUAAUGAUAUUAGGAAAUUUGCUGAAUGAAGGAAGAGCAUGGAACACUAUGAGAUGGGAAUCCGAAAUACAUCGAUUCAAUCUUCUUUUUAUGCAAAUACCAUCCUUUAAACGAGUGCCAUUUUUUUAUUUACCUGGAAAGCAUGAUAUCGGAUUUGGGAAGGAUUCAUCAGACGAGGCAUACGAUCGUUUUCGCAAAGUAUUCGGUAAGACAAAUUACUCGUUCAAAAUCGGGAAUCACUCAAUCGUUGCUAUCGAUACGGUAUCAGGACAAAAUAACGAUUUAUCAUUUGAAACAACUCAUUUCAUCGAAAAACUUGGAAAGAAUCCAAAUAAAGAGCCACGAAUACUUUUCACGCACCUUCCGCUAUAUCAACCACCCAAUACCAAAUGUGAGCCACGACAACAUAAUCUCAUCAAUGAAACGAGUUCCAAUUUUGUUUUGAAGAAUGUUCGACCGAAACUUGUAUUUAGCGGAGACAAUCACGAUUACUGUGAAAUUCAACAUGAGCCUGUGAAUGCCAUGGAGGUUACCGUUAAUAGCUUUAAUUUUGCGAAGAAUCCUUCAAAACCUGGUUUUGCAAUGUUAAGUCUUUAUAAUCCAUUUGAUUCAUCUGACAGCAACCAAAUACCUACAUAUGCAUAUUCACAAUGUUUUUUACCAAAUCCGUAUGGCAUAACCCUUUCAUAUAUCUACAUGAAACGUCUUCCACGUUAUUGGAAAAUUGCUUUUAAAGAGCUGACAGUGAUCGCGUUUUUCGUGUUGGCCACUUAUUUGUGUUGUCUUG